CAGAACAUUUGUUUGCCUAAUCGAGUUACUUUGUGCGUCUCGCUCGUCGCUCCGUUCACAAUUUUCUCGAAAUGGCAAUUGCGCUUUUUGCUCUCGGCUAUUUUUGAACAGUUGAAAAAGUUGCAAGCAUGAAUUUGUUCUCGUGCGCCAUUUUGUUGCUCGGCCUUUCGUCCCUGGCCGCCGCCGCCAACUUCACUCAAGUCUUCGAGUGGCCGAAUGAAUUGGACCACGAGUGGCCCUCCGUGGAAAGAAGGGCACAGGCCUUGAAAGAUGCAACUUUCAAUCCAAAGUAUUUUUAUCCUCGUUUCAUGGCUGUCUACGGAUCGAGGAUCUUCCUCAGCCUUGAGAAAUUUAAUGGCGUUCCGGUGACUCUGGUGACUAUGCCGACGAGCAGCGCGUCCUCCGCACCCCCGAAGCUCACUCCGUUCCCCUCGUGGGACGUGAAUGGAAAAGAAGGAGACUGCGACAAAAUUGAAGCAGCAAGAGGGAUGGAAAUAGACUCGGUUGGAAGGCUGUGGGUGCUGGACAGCGGUAGCUACAAUUGCAAUGCCAAAUUAUGGACGAUUGACUUGGUCAAAAAGGAUCACAUCAAACUAAUUCACCGGUUUUCUUUCCACUAUUUUAUGCACGAUUUGGUGAUUGAUGAAACUGCCAACGAAACCUUUGCCUACAUCUCGCGGUGGAAUUAUCAAAACAUUGUCGUGUUUAGUUUGGAGCAAAAUAGAUCUUGGAUCGUGGACACGCCACAAAAACGUGUUCUUUCCAUUGCGCUGUCUCCUAAGGAGCGGGAACCGAGACCGAGACAGCUCUACCUCAGCGAAUUGAACUCGAAUGAACUGUAUUCAAUUCCUGUCGCCGCACUAAACAACGGAACUCGAACUGCAAAUGCGAAAGCAAUCGGAAAGUGGACUGCAACUGAUUCGUGUAGAAUGCUGAUGGACAACCACGGCACCUUGUAUGCCGCCUUUUGGAGGACACACUACAUAUCUUCUAAGAACACUUCCCAGCCGUUUCAGGGGCAACGUUUUUACGAGGUCGCUGGACUGGAUUCUAUCUGGCCCUUUACUUUUGCCUUGGACCAAAGUGGCAAUUUUUGGUUGACGGUGUAUGAUAACGAAAAGAAGCCAAAAUACAGGCUUUUGAAGGCUCAAGUUGGUGUUAAAUCCUACAUCUCCGAGGCAUCGCCAGUUACGCCCACCAUUCCAAGCACCACUUCAAUUUCCCCAAAGACCAAAACAACGCACAGAACGAACCAGCUUGUCCAUUCCGACCACAUAACUACUAAAACACCUGAGUCAACGCCCACUACUGCUCAACCUCGUCCCGAAAUCGAACAACGACCGAAAUAAUUCAAAAAAGCGACGCCCCCAGCACGUUACUCCCAGAACUGGAUCACUCUACGCAUGAUAACUUGUCCACUCCGACCACAGAAAAACCUUCAACGCCUGAUGAGGAAAAAUUGGAAAAUUUCAAAUUUGAUGAUAUUUGAAGCUCCAAAUCUCGGGUUGUAGCCAUCAGAAUUGUUAAAAUUAGCCACCGUUGGACUCGUCGUGACUUCCCUUGACCAGCUAAAAGGUUUGGGGGUUCUUAAGCUUACCCUCCACCGCUAAUAAAUUGCUACUCUUCAACCCACUUAAAGAAGUAAAAUAUCUUAUUGCUCUGAGGAAGUUUUGCAUUAUUUAAAAUUUAUUUUUCUGUUUUAGUUUUGUAGAAAGGCAUGGGGGGAUAAUUUAGAAAAUGUAUUGGUCCAUUGAAAAUAUAUUUAAGCCCGCUUUUGGGGUGCAAGAAACCAAAUAAAUAGAAAAUUUCAUGCAUUUUUUUUUUAAUUUUGCGAAAACCACUGAAAUUUCCUGCUUGAUAUUUUGCGAACUUGAUUCGAUCAGCUUGCCCACCAGUAUUUGGGGCGGGAGGGGGCGCCAAAAUUAAGAAUGCCCCGGUGAAUUUUUUUCGAUACCAGUCCGGCCCUGGAUGAGACAACAAUCUUACUGAUUUUUGUUCAACAAACAGGUUUGUUGGCUUGCUCGGUCUGUACUUUGCACUUUCAACUACAUAUAUCCGACGAGCGGUGAUUGGAAAAGAUCCAAAUUCCCUUUAUAAAAAAUAUUAAAAUUUGAAAUUAGAAGUUAUUUUGCUCUAAUGAAAAAUCACCGAAAAGAAAUGAAUAUUUAAAAUACAUCAGGGAAACUUUUUACCACUGAAUUUCCUGGCGAAAGUUUUUUAUGGAUGAGCAAAAUAACAUCAUAUAUAUAAUUUUUGCCAUUUAAAUUAAAAAGCUCCAUUAAAAAUUAUUUUUUCUUUUAUUUGAUAAUAUUGAUAUUUUUAAUUGUAAUUAAUGAACAUUGAAAAAUUAAAAGGUUCUCCUUUCCAAUUAAAAACAAUUUUCUUUUGUAAAUGAACUGAUGGUCUUUUCAUUCUUUAUAUUAAAUCAGUCCAACCAGUCUCUACAUAAUUUCUAACAGUAAUUUAAUAUAAAAAAACACCGAUUGAAAGGUCAAUUAUACAUAAAUUUCCG